GCUAUCACGUGACCUGAUAGUCUUGUUUUGAUGCGAGUAGUGAAUGUGUAUUGGAUCGGAAUACACAAUCGUUAAGUUACAGAUUGGCAUAUUUAUACUGGUUCGAUUUCAAUAAGAAAGUGACAGGCCAUGACGGAAUGCUUACAUAAAAAGCCGAACAUCGCCGAAAUAUCGCCUCACUUGAUUUGCGCGCUCUGCGGCGGUUAUUUAAUCGAUGCAACUACCAUUGUGGAAUGUCUUCAUUCGUUUUGCAAAACGUGCAUCGUGCGGUACCUUGAGUCGAGCAAGUACUGCCCAAUAUGCGAGGUCCUCGUGCACAAGACACGCCCUCUACAGAACAUCAAGCUUGACCACACCCUACAGGACAUCGUCUACAAGCUAGUUCCAGGACUUUUCCAGAAUGAAAUGCGCCGGCGACGGGAGUUCUACAAGGACAGCCCCACCAUCCGAAGUGAAAAGGCGCGACAGGAACAGCAGCGCGAGCGCUAUAUCUUCUCAGCUGAGGAACAGUUUAGCGUGGCCCUUGAGUUUUGUCCGCAGGGUCGUGUGCGGCGAACAUCCGGUCGAACGUCGCGAAAGAAAGAUAAUAACACGGCGCGCGAGAGACGGUACCUACUUUGUCCAGCCGGAACCACCAUAGCCAUGCUGAGGAAGUUCAUACAGCUCAAGUUUGCACUCGGUCCCGAUAUGCAGGUUGACCUCGUGCACGCGGGAGGCACCCUGAGGGACCACUACUCGCUCAUGGACGUCGCCUAUAUCUACUCGUGGAAGCGCGAAGGGGUUCUAGAGUUAUAUUAUACAGUGUACAAAUUACCACCGCCCCCGAUGAAUACAACGUUAACAGAAAUAAAAGACGAAAAACACGUUCAUUAUUCAACAGACGAUAAACUGCUUAAACCAGACGACAACCGUCCAUCUUCGUUGUUUUCCAAAGCGUCGUUACUAGGUAACCACGCUAUGAACAGGAACUUGCAUCAUGACCUGUCACCUUUAGAAUUGAUAGCAACGGUUGCUAACGACAUUUCGUGUCUACAGGAGGGACGUGGCUUGAAACGUAAGCCGGAAGUUGCGCAAUUGUACGAAAAUGACGAAGAUGCGAGCUCUACAGAAACGCAAAUUAAACGAACAGUAGAACGGGCUAUAGACCUGUGCUCCUCAAAUAACUCAAAGUCCCUAAAAGACAAGAAAACAAUCGUAGACGCUUCGGCGUCUGUGUUACCAAACGAUCCCCAAAACCGGAAAUCGUCGUUACUUAAAGUACCAGGUAAUAUAAAUGAAAAGUCGAGUACAAAUGAAGCGCAUAAUAUGAGCAAAAGUUUACCGCAAUUUAAAGAUAAUAAAAGUAACUCUAUGUCAGCGACAAGCGGUAAAUCCGGCUUGAGCGUUCAAUUAUGUGACAAGCCAAUAAAGAUGGAUACAGCGUCACAAUGUGAGCAUAAAGCAAAGAAACUGAAAACGGAUUUACAUUCCAAAACAGAAAAUAUUAAAAAAAGUGAAAACCUGACUUUGUGUUCUAAAAAUAGCUCUAAGCCAAUAGAACCGCCACAAAAUCGACUGAAGCCUGGAGAAAGUGGUAAAAACAGCGCGAAACAUAAUACGAUCUGUAAACCAGAGAAAAUCCCAGAGAACGACAGUUCUAAAAAUGUUCUAAACGGUUCCAAAAAUAAAGACGAUACUUCGAAACUCGCUAUUAAAUCAGAACGUGCCAUAACAUCUAAGGGUAUCAGUAAAACCGCUGCGGAUAAACAGUUACCGGCGUUGCCUAAUAAAACUUACUCUGGCCGGAAGUCGGAAAAGCAACAAACAGGGCUGCCUUCUAAUGCGAUUGGAAAUCGUGCGUCGUCGAGUCCGGCCCGCACACACCCUUCAAGUACUGCCGCUGUGUCUAGUCCGGCCCGCACACACCCUUCAAGUACUGCCGCUGUGUCUAGUCCGGCCCGCACACACCCUUCAAGUACUGCCGCUGUGUCUAGUCCGGCCCGCACACACCCUUCAAGUACUGCCGCUGUGUCUAAGCGACAAAGCGUGGCACCAAACCAUCCUGACCCAAAACCAAGCUCGUCUAAGACGCACGUGCCUAACCAGCAAGACAAAGCGUCUUGUAAUAUUGACCAAAAACCAAACCCGACUGAGACGCUGGCUUCUAACAAGAUUGACGAAGCGUCUCGUGAUAGUGAUUCGAAACCGGUCCAGAAAAAAGUCGGAGGGCUGCGUCCGUUGUUUAAGAAAAGCAGCAACGCUGCGUCACCAAUGAAAGCAGACAAGGCGGUCGCCGAAGGAAAAGCGAGUCCUCAGAAAUCUAGUGCAAGUGGAAACAUUUUUGAGCUUACCGGAAAUGCUUCAAAACUCGCGCUUCCGGUGGCUAAGAAUGGCGACACGUGUCAUACGCGUCCCGAAUCCGUCGGUGAUGUCGGCGAUGGCAUGAAAGAAAACAAUAACAAGACGGACGAUAAAGGAGUGGUCGAUAAGGAAGAGACAUGCCCGGUAUCUGAGAAGAUUUCACAUCCGCAUGAUAAGGUUAAUGAAGCGACUACUAAAGCUGCUCCGCAAAUUAAUGGUCAUUCCACCAUUAAAGACAUUGGCUCCAAACAUCACACCACAGCUCAGCCGACGUCUAAAUGAUAGUAGCGGUUCUGUUCGCGGCUUUAAUUACAGCACAUGUACUUUAUUCAUGUACAUGUAAUUCUGAUACGCCCGCAUUAUGUGUGCUCUCCGCCAUAUACAUUUUCGUACGUAAUGUUUACUCGGUUCCGAUGCACACAUUGUGAUGGUAAAUGCCCGAUAUGUAUUACAAUAUUAGUAUGGUAUUGGUCUCAUUUAGAAUCAUAUCGAAUGAUCAACUAUUUAUAAUUAUAUACAUGUAACUGUUAAUAUUUUGAGGUCUAUGAAUUUAAUUGUUUGCGAACAUUAAAUAUGGCCUAAAAUACAUUUGAUAUUAGUAUUUCAUGGCCGACCAGCCUUCGUCGCACAAACUCAUGUGAGCCGCGCCCUAGUAAAACCGGGCUUAAUGCAUGUACGUGAAGUGUCGUUCCAGAUUAGCCUGUGCAGUUGGCAGUUUACGCGCAUGCAUUAAACCCCGUUUUCAUAGGGCGCGGCUCAUAUGAAAAAAAACUUAGUUUUUUAUCGAGGCCCAUAUAGGGCAUUUAGCUUUUUAAGAGGAGUUUUCAUGGAAGCACCGAAAUCAUCCGCUUGUUACGGUUCACUUUGCAAUAUCAAAACGCUAUGGAUGCAUUUAUUUGCUGCCUUUUUUUAUUUCAAAACUUACAUGUUUUUCGCUUUUGCUUGUUUGUUAGCUCUUAAAACUGGAAGUUUGUUUUAACUGUUAGUUUUAUUGUAAAUGUAUACUGAAAAAUAUACGUUAUUAAUACAAAGUUUACAAGUGUUGAUUUUAAUGUUGUAAUGUUUAACUGCCUUAAGAUAGUUAUGUUUUUGAUUGUUGAACGAUUGUUUCUGUGUUAAUCAUGUUUGCAUUGAAUUUGUAUUUUUACAUUAAUAAUAUAUACGCACGCACUUUGAAAUUUAUGUUCAACAUAACUUUGAUUUAAAUAUGUUUGAUUUGAUGUGACCAAAUAGUUUAUUUACUAAGAGUUGUAAACUCGAACUCCGCUUUCGCAUCAUCUAUACCAUAACCCGUGUCUUUGUUUUAUUAUACUUAAACUGUAUUCGUUUUUUUUUUACUAUUUCAAUGCUGAAAUCCAGAUUAUAUUAAACAGGUAUUAAUUAUUUUAAUGGAGGGAAUAAAAACGAAGAUAUCCGAA